AUGGUGGCACUUUCCGUGGACGCGAAACGCCAACAGCAGGGUAUUUGGCUCCUGCGAGGCCACGUCCAGACCUACGCCUGGGGUCGACGUGGUAUGGGGUCGCGGGUUGCCCGUUACGCAGUCGCUCAAGGGACACUGGAGUCGGAACGAGUCUCGGAGUCCGUUUCCUACGCGGAACUCUGGCUCGGCGCGCACCCGUCUGGAGAGGCCUCCGUCGUUACCGAGGCCAACGAAAGCGUUCCCGUUUCAAUCUUUGUUCCUGCAGGCUCGCUGCCGUUUCUUCUGAAAGUGCUGAGCGUGGAGCGGGCGCUUUCUAUUCAGGCGCACCCGGAUAUUGCGCUGGCGAAAGUUUUGCAUAAGCAGUUUCCUGAGCUUUACAAAGACGGCAACCACAAGCCAGAAAUGUGUGUUUGCCUUGGACCAGGGCAGUUCGAGGCGCUCCUCGGUUUUCGACCAGUAGCGGAGAUAGUCCGAGCACUGAAGCAGGUCCCUGAGUUUCGUGGCGCUUGUGGGGCGUAUGCGGAAACGUUUUGCUCCUCACCAUCUGCACCGGACGGACUCCGAAAACUCUUCGAAUCCCUCAUGCGAAACGAAGACGUUUCGCGGCAACAAGCGCACCAGCUCCGCCAGCGGUUAGAGGCCGCCGAUGUUCUGGAUGCGGAGCAUGCACUCGCGCUACGACUCCUCAAGCAGUACCCAAACGAUGCCGGCAUUUUCGCUGCUUUCCUGCUCAAUCAUGUGAGGUUAGAACCUGGUCAAGCCAUUUUCAUCGAACCGAAUGAGCCACACGCGUACCUAGAGGGAGACUGUGUGGAAAUCAUGGCGACUAGCGAUAAUGUUGUUCGGGCGGGACUGACCGACAAACAUAAGGACGUCGAGACGUUGUGCAAGAUGCUCACGUAUCGCUGCAAAGACCCGGUGCAAAUUUUGCAACGGGAUGCUCAGAAUCGCUUCCUCGCCCCGGUCUGCGAAUUCGAACUCGAGUGUCUUGAACUGGAACGCCACGGAGAGGAAUCCGCGGACUUGCAUUUAGAGUCAUCAGCAAGUUAUUCCAUCCUGCUCGAUGUAGAAGGCGAGGCACAAAUUUCCCAACACGGGAUCGACCACAGUUAUCGCCUUUCACCGGGAAUGGCCUGCUUGGUUGCCCCACACACACCAGUGGUCGUGCGACCCUUGACCGUGAGCUGCCAGCUUUUCCGAGCCCGCGCCCCGGCGACCGUCCCCGUGAACGGUCUCUAA